AGCACCGAUUCACAUCAAAUCGACCUUAACGUGAUUUGCUGAGAAGUUUUAGAUGACAUUACCCAGGCCUGGAGGAAAAAACUUUAUUCUUCAGUCUGAAUAUACUGGCUCGCCAAACGCAGCCAGAACUUGUUGGAAACUUCUGCAGCAUCUUCAGUGUUGCUGUGGAUUUUUUAUUUUUAUUUUUGCUACCCUCCUCCAGACUGAUACCUUUGUAAAAUUACAUUAUUUUGAUCUUUAGCAACCUUUCUGCAAACUGCGACGUUAGCUAAAGGCUGCAGUCAAGCAAAUGUCGAGGAAGUCCUGUACUGAACUUUAUUUCUGAGUCAUCAGAUCUAACGUAGUUGAUGCUGGGCUUUAACGCAAAAUGGCCGAAUCCUUAAAACUGGAUCAAAAACAGAGUGUAGUUCUUGCGUAAGCAGACUAUUGGCAAAUUUUAUUAUUACAUUUCUCCCAUCUAACAAAUGUAUGAGUUUCACACAAUCAAAAACACAUGUGAAAUUCAUAUGUAUGUAUGCAUGAAGAUUUCAAAUCUUUUAAAAGAUUUACUUUUUAAAUGUUUCUAAGUAGCAGAAACAGUGCGGGAUACUGACCUGACCUAUAUAUCCAGUUUUCUAAGCUGUAAAAUCUGAUGUUGCAAUGUACCUUAAGUGCAGCGUGUUCCCCGUGUCUCAGGAGAGCCCUGGUCUGGGGCAUCGUCGGGCUUUUAAAUGAGCCUCGGCGGCGGUCUGGACCGCUGUCUCUGCGCUCCUCCGGUCGCUGCGGCCGCGCGGCGCUACCUGGAGACCUGCUGAAAACGCACAGAGCACGUCUGCUCAGGCAUUUUCCAACCAAACUGAAUAAUUGAGAGAAUAGAUGAGUCGGUCUCGACGGAGAUCUUACUGCACCUCUCAGCUGCAAGUUUUUUCUUUUUCUUUUUUCUUCCCCUCUCUUCAUUUCGCCUAUCAGGAGGAAAUAAAAGCCUGGACUGAAACUGAAGGAGGAUUUCAUUUGAUUCGUGUGAUAGGUUAGAUUUGCCUUGGCUUUUUGAGAGAGAAUGGCUUUGGAACAGGUAAUUCCUGCAAUUUGGGUAGAGUAAAGAUAUUAUGGAUUUAUUUUAGGCCUUUAUUUUCUUGUCUCAUACCUUUGUUGCUAUGGUAACCUUCCACAUCUCCCAAAUUGCCCUUUCGUCUCCCUUAUGGGUGGUCUGUAUCCCCCCCCCCUCCUUUUCCCUCAACAAUGCAACGCGCACUCACAGGUUUUCUUCCCCCACUUAUUUUUGUACGCUUCAAUCCGGUUUUCAUUUGGUCUGAUUUUUUUUUCUUUUAGCCGCUUUUGACGUGGAAUUGACGAGGCUGGACGCCAGAUGUCAGCAAACGGAGCCAGCCAAUCACAAAGAGAGAAGUCUGAACGCUUCAGGCCUCAACAAAGUCUCGUAUCCCCCAGGCUCCUGGAGGCGAAGAUUUCCAAAGCAGUGCAUAUAGUUCUCACCUCACACGCACUUGAGUUUAUCAUAAUCCCAAACACAGAUCGUGUCACUGAACACAAACAACCUCAUGUGAAAACGCUCUGCUGUAAAGCCUGUAUCAAAAAAGAAAGAGGAAGUGCUACCUUCCUUCAUGCCACAUCCUCUCAGUUGUGCUUGUCUUCCCUUUUGACCCUCAGAUGACAGUUAUCUGCAGUUGGGCCUGUUGAUCUCACAGAACUCAUUAGUGUCUCUUUUCAGAUCGGAGCGCAGCCCUCCAACUUCCUGCACCCCGGGUUUUGACGAGUUGUUUUUUUUUUUUAAGAGUCAACUUCUUGUAGAGGGACUGAUUUCAGCAGAAACUCCCCCGGUCUUGUUGUGGUUGCUCUCUGGGAGCUAGCUGAAGAUUCGUGCCAACAGGUCAGCAAAGCGACCGAGCCAUCCAGAGGAGGGGAGAUGGAGGCCGCCGCUUUCGAGUACCACAAAAAGGAGGAAGACCUGGAGGUGGAGUCUUUUCAGGGAGAGAAGAGGAAGCUCAUCCAGCCGACAUCCUUGAAAGACCCCAAGCUUGAAAACCUAAAGCAGGUCUUGGUGGACUGGAUCAAUAAGACUUUGAAAGCAGAGCACAUCGUGAUACAGAGUCUGGAGGAGGAUCUGUACGAUGGACUCGUCCUUCAUCACCUGCUGGCCAGAUUAGGCAACGUGAAGCUCGACGUGGAGGAGAUAGCGCUGACCGGCUCCUCUCAGCUCCGUAAGCUGGAAGCCGUCAUGAAAGAGCUGGACAAGAUGCUGGGCGUGGAGGACAGCUGCCCGAUCAAAUGGGACGUCAAACUCAUCCACAACAAAGAUCUCCUAGCUACCAUUCAUCUGCUGGUUGCCAUGGCAAAAGCCUUCCAGCCUGAGCUAAAUCUGCCACCUAAUGUGAAGAUUGACGUUGUCACAGUAGAAGUAAGCAAGAGCGGAAUCAAAUCUGAGGUGCAGACCGAAGUCCUGACAGAGGACAGCAACGCAGGCUCAGGCUCCUCUAGCUAUCCUGGAAGGGAAGAUCCCAUUGAGCAACUGCUGAAGCUUGAGGCUACCAAGGUCAACACAGUGAAGAAGGCCAUCUUACACUUCGUCAACCAGAACAUGGCAUCGCUGGGUCUGCAGGUGGCUGAUAUGGACAAACAGUUUGCUGAUGGAGUGAUAUUGCUGCUGCUGAUUGGCCAACUGGAAGGCUUCUUCAUCCCACUGGUUGACUUCCACCUGACCCCUGCUAACGACGCCGAGAUGCUUCAUAAUGUGACGUUAGCCCUGGAUCUCCUGGAUGAUAUUGGCCUGCAGCUGCCCAAUAUUGACCCGCAAGAUAUCGUCUCUCAGGACGUCGCCGCCACCUUGAAGGUCCUUUACGCCCUGUUCAGGAAGCACAAAAGGAACUGAGGGAGGAAGACAAGAUGAGCUGCUGGAAAUAAACAAGAAGAUGGGAGGGGAAAA